AUAUUAGGAAAAUAAAUUUUCAAGUUUGACCCUAGAAAUUCUAUUUCCUUCUAAGGCCGUCCAAUUUAAUUUGAAAACAUUGCCAAUGGGGGCCUAUAUAUAAACUAAUCUCAUUUCACCAUCUCCAUUUUUCUUCACAACGAUCAAAAUAUUUCUUCAAUUUUCAUUAAUGGAGUUCACUUCAUUUCUAUGUAUCAUUUGCAUUCUCAAUUUAAAUCAAUUUCUGAAAGCAGAAAAUCUUGAUGUAUACAUAGUCCAUGUUGAUCAUGCACAAAUAUCCAACGAUCUCGAAACGUUUUACGAUUCAUUCUUGCCGACGAAUACUAAUUUAGCAGCUGCCUCGACCAAUAGUACUAUUGACAAGCCAAGAAUAUUGUACCGCUACCGACAUGUUAUUUCCGGUUUCGCCGCCAAAUUAUCGGAAGCUGACGUGGAAGCAAUGCGGCAUAUGAAGGGUUUCGUCUCAGCCCGGCCCGAAAAGAUGUUGCCUCUACACACCACACAUUCUCCCAAUUUCUUGGGGUUGAACCAAAACACGGGCCUAUGGAAAAACUCGAACUAUGGCAAGGGAGUUAUCAUCGGUUUGGUGGACAUCGGAGUUGAGCCGAGCCACCCCUCGUUCUCCGACGCAGGGAUGCCGCCGCCGCCUGCGAAGUGGAAGGGCGAAUGCAAGUUCCGCGCCGGAAAGGGGGCAUGCAACAAGAAGCUCAUCGGAGCUAGAUUCCUCAUCGAUGAACUUUCGCCACUGACCGACGGCCACGGCAUGCACACCGCCAGCACCGCCGCCGGAAACUUUGUCGGUGGCGCCGGAUUCUUCGGCAACGCUAACGGCACUGCAGCCGGAGUCGCACCGCUCGCUCAUGUGGCAGUGUAUCAAGCGUGCAACGCCUACGGCUGCGGGGAGAGCUCCAUCGCCGCCGCCAUUGAUGCCGCCAUUGACGACGGCGUCGAUAUACUCUCGAUGUCAUUGGGAGAUCGAUUCUACCGCUAUUUCUCCGACGGUGUUCUCGCGAUCGGCGCUUACAGGGCCAUGCAGAGGGGUAUUAUCGUCAGCUGCUCCGCCGGAAAUGGCGGCAAGCGCGGUUUGGCAAACGGGGCCCCAUGGAUUAUGACCGUCGGAGCCAGCACCAUUGACCGGAAAAUAACGGCCACCGUAGUGCUCGGGAACGGCGAAGAAAUCGAGGGCGAAACCGGCAAGGGUUUCCCCUCGACCGGAAAGUUAGAGCUCGUUUACCCCUGGCCAUUUUAUCCCGGAGAUACCUCCAUUAGAGGAAAGAUGGUUGUGCGCGAAAAUCAAAAGGGAAAAUCGGACAGCGGACAAGUGGUUAAAGAUGCUGGUGGAGCGGCUAUGAUUCUAAUUAACACAUAUGAUCAAGGAGACACCACUUUCGAUGAUCCACACGUUCUCCCGGCGUUGCAAAUCGGUUACGCCGAUGGAUUGAAAAUAAUCGCAUACUUAAACUUGACUUCGAAUCCCACAGCCACAAUGUCGUUUAAAGGAACUGUUAUCGGUGGCGGUCGAGCUCCGGUAGUUGCUGCAUUUUCCUCCAGGGGUCCUAAUAAAGCGAGCCCUGGAAUUCUGAAGCCCGAUAUUAUUGGUCCUGGAGUUAACAUUCUUGCCGCUUGGCCCUUUUGUGUCGAAAAUAAAACCGACACAAAGUCAACAUUCAACAUAAUCUCGGGUACAUCAAUGUCAUGCCCGCAUCUCAGUGGGGUUGCAGCACUGCUUAGAAGCGCGCAUCCUGAUUGGUCGCCAGCAGCAAUAAAGUCUGCUAUUAUGACCACGGCAUAUCAAGAGAACCUCAAAGGCAAUCCGAUCGAGGAUGAAUCAUUGCAGCCCGCCAAUGUAUUUGCUAUUGGUUCGGGCCAUGUUAAUCCUUCACGGGCAAAUGAUCCGGGAUUGGUUUACGAUAUACUGCCUGAUGAUUAUCUUCAAUAUUUGUGUGGCUUGAAUUACCCUAACCAAGAAGUCAGCAUCCUUGUUGGACGCAAGGUGGAUUGCUCGAAAGAGAAGAGCAUUCCCGAGGCCCAAUUGAAUUAUCCAUCAUUUUCGAUAGUACUUGGAUCAACUCCUCAAACUUAUACGAGAACGUUGACGAAUGUUGGCAAGGCUAAUUCAUCGUAUGAUGUAAAGAUUGUUUCGCCCGAUGGUGUUAAUGUGAAAGUGGAACCUAAGAAACUCGUGUUUCCGAAGUUGGGCGAUAAAUCAAGCUAUAGUGUGACGUUCACGAGAACAACCAAAGGGGCGAUAAAUAGUACUACUCAAGGAUUUAUUAGGUGGUAUACUGCCGAUUACUCUGUUAGAAGUCCCAUAGCAGUUGUAUUUAAAGAUUGAAUUAUUUUCCAUAGUGUUGAAAUCUUUGGAUCGAAAUUUUCCAUGGAUAAUCUUCGAUCGACGGACAU